GUUAUCAUCAUUGUGGCAAAAAUUCAACGGGAGUGAGCUUGAGGCAGUAGGAUUCUGGCCUAUAUAAGGACAACCAACCAAAGUUGCCAACCACCCACCAACAAUCAGAGAUAUCUUCAGAUAGAGUAUUACAUCCUUGGUGUCUUAUAAGUAUUAAUUUGCUUACAACUAAAGAACUAGAGAUGGAGCAAGCAAAGAAACAGGAAUCACGAGGUGGGGAUGAGGAUAAAUGGGUGCAUGAUUCUUCUCUUGAUCACAAAGGAAGAAUUCCUCUUCGAGCUUCCACCGGUGCAUGGAAGGCUUCCCUUUUCAUUAUAGCAAUCGAGUUCAGCGAGAGGCUGAGUUACUUUGGUCUAGCAACAAGUUUAAUCAUAUACCUCACGAAGGUGAUCCACGAAGACCUCAAAACGGCAGCGAAGAGAGUCAAUUAUUGGUCUGGUGUGACCACAUUGAUGCCCCUGCUUGGAGGAUUUGUGGCUGAUGCUUACCUUGGCCGAUUCUCCACAGUUCUAAUCUCGUCCGUCAUUUAUCUCCUGGGCUUGCUUGUUUUGACAAUGUCUAGAGUGGUUCCAGGUUUGAAACCUUGCGACGUUGGGAUCUGUGAGAGACCUCGAAGGAUCCAUGAGGUUUUCUUCUUCCUUGCAAUAUACUUGAUCUCAAUAGGUACAGGUGGGCACAAGCCAUCUCUGGAGAGCUUUGGAGCUGACCAGUUUGAUGAUGAUCACCCCGAAGAGAGGAAAAAGAAGAUGUCCUUCUUCAAUUGGUGGAAUUUUGGACUGUGUUGUGGUCUGCUUCUCGGCGUGACCAUAAUCGUUUACAUCCAGGAACACAUCAGCUGGGCUGCUGCAGAUGUCAUUCUUACAGCAGUCAUGGCUUUCACCAUACUGAUAUUUUGCUCUGGAAGGCCGUUUUAUCGUUUUAGGAAGCCCACAGGAAGUCCCUUGACGCCAUUGCUGCAGGUAUUGGUAGCAGCUAUUGCAAAGAGAAGUCUUCCUUAUCCGUCAGAACCUGAUCAACUCUACGAGGUUCCAAAAUCAGACCAGACUCAGAGGAGGCUCCUUUUCCACACCAAGAAGCUCAAGUUUCUUGACAAGGCUGCAAUAAUUGAAGACGGACAAGAUUCAGCAGAGAAACAAAAUCCAUGGAGACUUGCAACUGUUACAAAGGUGGAGGAGAUGAAGCUUGUCGUCAACAUGAUCCCAAUCUGGCUGACAACCCUACCGUUUGGCAUAUGUGUGGCACAAGCCUCCACGUUCUUUAUCAAACAGGGCACAACACUGGACCGUAAAAUCACUCGUGAUUUCAUGAUCCCACCAGCCUCCAUAUAUGCCUUGGCCGCCAUUGGGAUGAUAAUCUCUGUCACAAUUUAUGAUAAACUCCUUGAGCCCAUCUUGAGAAGAGUAACGGGACACGAGCGAGGCAUCAAAGUUCUCCAAAGGAUCGGUAUCGGGAUGAUUUUCUCAGUUUUGACCAUGGUAGUAGCAGCCUUGGUUGAGAGAAAGAGACUAAACGUUGUGGAGAGAAAUCCACUGGAAGGUUCAGUUUCGAUGAGUGUCUUUUGGCUGGCACCACAGUUUCUCAUCAUCGGAAUAGGAGACGGGUUCGCAUUGGUGGGCUUGCAAGAGUACUUUUAUGAUCAAGUACCUGAUUCCAUGAGAAGCUUAGGCAUUGCAUUGUAUCUCAGUGUGAUCGGUGCAGCAAACUUCCUCAGCAGCCUUCUCAUAACAUUAGUCGAUCAUCUAACAGAAAAAGGUGGCAAGAGUUGGUUCGGCAAGGAUUUGAAUACCAGCCGGCUCGACUAUUUCUACUGGUUGUUAGCAGGCAUUACAGCAGGGAACAUCUGCAUCUUUGCCUUUGUUGCCAGCAGAUAUUCUUACAAGAACGUUAGAAAAACAACGGUGGCUGUUGCUGAUUGUUAUGAAGGGGAUCACAUAGAAGCAAUGGCUUAAAUCUAUAUAUAUAUUCGUCCAAAUUGUAUUCAGUAAUGAGUAUUGAGAAGAUUAGUGUACGUACUACGUAGGAUUAGCAUGAUGUACGAAGUGAUGAGAUAUAUGUGGUCAGGUGAUUGUAUGUUUCAACCUAGGUGGGAAAUAAGGCCUAAAUAUGGUGCUAUACUAAGUUGCUUGUUGCUAUGUUAGAUUUAAAUCUUGAAUUCCGUUGGUUGACUAAGAUCGCAUUCUUAUAUAA